AUGCUCCACCAAGCUGGUAUCGAGGAGACGGCUCGUGAGUUUAUGAGUGAGAUUUCGGACCCCAACUCCUCGCUCUACGGCCGCCACUGGUCCCAGGAGAAAAUCAUCGAGACCUUUGCUCCGGAUCAAAGCACGAUAGACGUCGUGCUUGGAUGGCUAGAGGAGGGAGGUAUCGCGAGAAACCGGACGACUCUCUCAAGAGCUAGAAACUGGCUAUCGUUCACCGCCAACCGAGACGAGGUUGAGUCCCUCUUGCACGCAGAGUACCACGUUUUUACCCAUGAAUCUGGCCAUUCGCACGUCGCGUGCGAAGACUACUCUGUCCCCGCGCACAUUGCCCCGUACAUCGAUAUCAUAACGCCAACUGUGCACUUCGACCAGCGGCUGGGUGAGUCCCGGGAGGACACCACGAUACCGCUCUCGGCAGACCAGCUCAAGACACUAAAGAAAAGAAUCUCGGUUGACCUGCUGCACCCUUCGGAAGAAGGGAAUCCGGCCGGGGAUUACCGCCAUCUUGGGCGAUCCCGCCAGUGGCAGCUUGCCCAAGCCCGGGAAAGUCGUCAAGCAUCCUACCCUACUCGCCAGCUUAGCAGACUGCGAUACCGUCAUCACGCCAGCUUGCCUCAGAGCCCUGUACGGGAUACCCCCGGAACUUCCCAUUGGCCCAAAAACAGCUUAGGUGUGGUAGAAUACACCCCGCAGGCAUUUCUCCAAGAGGACCUGGACCUCUUCUUCGCGCAGUAUGAGCCGAGACUGGUCGGCAGACCACCCGAAGUGACGCUCUACCAAGUCGGCGAUAUGGUCCAGGGUGGAAGCUUCAACAACUUUCUGGAUGCAGUUGAUGGCAGUUAUUGUACUUUCCAGGGCGGCGGCUCCAAAGAUCCCAACAUUGACGGUCAAUAUCCAGCGGAUAGGGCCUGCGGAACGGCGCCGCUUGUGAACGUGAUCUCGACAAGCUACGCCUACAACGAAGGCGACUUGAGCGUAAAAUACGAGGAGAGACAGUGCGCCGAGUACAUGAAGCUCGGCCUCCAAGGGGUAUCCAUGGUCUUUGCAUCCGGCGACUUUGGGGUGUCGGGCAACAAAAAUAUGUGCUUUGAUCCGCUGACGGGCGCUUACCAGCACGGGACUCUGGGCGGCAUCUUCAACCCGUCCUUCCCGAGCACCUGCCCCUGGGUGACCUCGGUGGGGGCGACAGAGGUGAUGGAAGGGUCUACGGUGCGCAGCGGCGAGGUUGCCUGCGAGAAGGUGAUCCGGUCCGGCGGAGGCUUUUCCAAUGUCUUUGCCCUGCCCGAUUACCAAAAGCAAGCGGUGGGUGAAUACUUCAAGAACGCGCCCGUCUUGUACGGAGCGGACCGGUACAAUAACUCGAAAACCACGAGAGGGUAUCCGGACGUCAGCGCGAACGGGGCCAACUUUGCGACAGGCGUCAACGGGAACUUUACCCUCUCGUACGGAACAUCCGCGUCUGCCCCUGUCUUCGCGGCAAUACUCACGCUCAUAAACGAGAAACGCUUGGCUGCGGGAAAGUCCACCGUCGGGUUUGUGAAUCCGGUGCUAUACGCGAACCCAGGUGUUUUCAACGACAUUCGGUUCGGUCGCAACCCGGGUUGUUCGACGGAUGGAUUCUCGGCCCGCGAGGGUUGGGAUCCAGUAACGGGGCUAGGGACCCCGAAAUAUCGUGAUAUGGAGUCCCUCUUCAUGUCGCUUCCUUGA